AUGACCCUCCCAGAACCCUGCGUAGCCAUCAGCGACAAGUUCCGCGCCUGCGUAGACCGCGAGAACCUAUGGGGCCGCUUGCUGGGCCGCUGCGACGUGCUCAAAGAGGAGCUGGAGAAAUGUUUGAGAAAGGAGUACAUCGGCAAGAAACGCUCAAGCCUAAAAUCCUCGCGCGAACGACGGAAGAAGUGGGAAGAAGCUAAUACCGAUAUUGGGGUCGAGUCGCCGGCGAAGUAG